AUGAACGGCACAGCAACAGCCCUCACGGCCAAAGUGCCCUCCCCCGGCGUCUGGGCCCCAGCAGUCACCCUCUUCGACCCCGUCACCGACACCCUGGAUCUCGACUCGCAAGCAAAAUACUACCAGUACCUCGCGCAGCACCUCACCGGCCUCGUCGUCCUGGGCACCAACGCCGAAACCUUUCUGCUGACGCGCGAAGAGCGCGCGGCCCUGCUGCGCACCGCUCGCCAUGCUGUUGGUCCCCGGUAUGAAAUUAUGGCUGGUGUAGGGGGGCACAGUACUAAGCAGGUUCUCGAGUAUAUUCGGGAUGCGUCGGCGGCGCGCGCGGAUUAUGCGCUGGUGCUGCCUUGUGCGUAUUUUGGGGCGCAGACGAGUAAGAAGGUGGUGAUGAAUUUCUACGAGGAGAUUGCGGAGAGGAGUCCCAUGCCGAUUGUCAUUUACAACUUUCCUGGAGUAUGCAAUGGCGUCGACAUCGACUCCGACAUGAUGGCCACUCUCGCGCGGAAACACAAAAACAUCGUCGGCUGCAAACUCACCUGCGCCAACGUCGGCAAAAUCACGCGCCUCGCCGCCGAGUUCGACAAGUCUGAGUUCGCCGUUUUCGGCGGGCAAGCAGACUUCCUCCUCGCCGGCCUCUCCGUCGGUUCCGCAGGCACAAUCACCGGCUUCGGCAACGUGGCGCCCAAAACCAUCCGCCGGAUCUACGACCUCUUCACGCAGGGCAAGGUGGAGGAGGCGCUGAAGCUGCAUCGCGUGCAGGCGUUUGGCGAGGUGAUUGGCAAGUCGGGGAUUGCGAACACGAAGUACGGGGCGAGCUUGACGAGCGCGAAGAGCGCGGGGAUCCAGGAUGCGGAGAGCAAGUUGCGGCCGCGGAGGCCGUAUGAGCCGUUGACGGAGGAGCAGAAGGCGGAGGUGAGGGCGAAGAUUGCGGGGACGGUGGAGAUUGAGAAUUCGCUUUGA